UAGUCUCCCUUGGCAGCAGGUGGCACGAGGGGGCGGAGCCUUGGACUGACCUUCACCUGGGACGGCAAAGAGGAUCAGAGAGGAGGAUAUAAGAGCAGGAGACGCACAACGAGCGUGAAGAAGGACAACGUGGUGAGAUACCUGUCACAGAUCAAAAUGAACGCCGCCCCCCCAGCAUCGAGCGCCCUGGCCCCCGGCGGAAGCACGGGCCCCACCACGCCCAAGAAGGGCCCGCCCAAGUUCAAGCAGAGGCAGACCCGCACCUUCAAGAGCAAGGCCCCCAAACCGGGACAGAAGGGCUUUGGGGACGACAUCCCGGGCAUGGAGGGUCUGGGCACCGACAUCACGGUGGUCUGCCCAUGGGAGGCCUUCGGAGACAUGGAGCUCAGCGACCUGGCCAAAUACGGCAUCAUCUAACCCCCCCCACCUCGUCAUCUACCUCCUGCCAUUACCUCUCAAACGCACUGUUGAACAGAAACCUCCAUGUUGUCCUUCUCUCCUCAAAAAGUCUCUUUAAAUUUGUAAAUAUCUUUUUUACCUCCCUUCUUUUUACGACCAAGUUGGCAACAUCACUUGGACUCCAUCACCGAGUGGAGGAACCACCUUUUCCACCCGCUUCCUGUUUUAGAGACCACCUGUGCGUGUGUGUGUGUGUGUGUGUGUGUGUGUGUCUGUGUGUUGCCAGCACAAACCCAACACAAUGUACUGUCAUAAUAGUCGCAUUAAAAGGGGUUUAUUUUCACAA